AUGAAUACUAUAGAAGUAGAAUUUCAAUUCGGCCGCGAAUGUAGAUCAGCACUACUACAAUCCGAAGAUUUUUUAACUUUUGAUUCGUUAAUUCGUUUAGCUGAACAUACGUUUCCAUCAUGUAAACAUCCAUUUACGGCAUUUAUGUAUGUUGAUGACGAUCGAGACGAAGUGACAGUAUCAAGUGAACUUGAAAUGGGUCCAUUGAGAAACUUUUAUUUUCGUACGUGCCAACAACAAAUGCGCUCGAAAUUUAUUCUGAAGCUCAAGCCGAUGGUUAACCGUAAUCAUGCUAAUUUAACAAUAGAUACAUCGGCAUGUCCCGAUCAACAGCAUCAAGACAGAAAGAACGCAUCCUAUCUUGAAGCGAACGUCGAACAUAUUCUAUCGUCCGGGAAUAUGUUAUCACUCGAUAUACUCGACAUAAUUGGUACCGGUAAUAGUGGUAUUGUGCGGCGAUGUCGUAAUCGGCGAACUCAACAAAUUCUUGCCGUUAAAAUUAUUUCACUUGAUUUUCAUAAGAAUGAAAAAAAACAAGAAAUCGUCAUGGAACUAAACGCAUUAAAUCGAUUACAUUCCGAUUAUAUUGUUCAAUUGCAUGGCGCUUAUCUACACGAGAAUUCUGUACAUAUCUGUACUGAAUUUAUGGAUCGCGGUUCACUUGAACUAUAUGUUGGUAUACAUGUACCGGAAAAUGUUCUCAUUCACAUAACACUGUUCAUGAUUCAAGGUCUUAUGUAUAUGUGGAGUCAAAAAAUUAUGCAUCGCGAUGUUAAACCGUCGAAUGUUUUGGUGAACAGUUUAGGUUCGAUAAAAUUGUGUGAUUUUGGUGUGAGCCGAGUUUUAGAAACUAUCGGCCAAAAAGUUGCAACAUUUAUCGGAACACAUAAAUAUAUGGCACCGGAACGAGUUAUUUCAGAUGAAUAUAGUAUACCAUCGGAGAUUUGGGGCCUUGGCAUGACGAUUCUGGAAAUAGGUUUAGGUAAAUAUCCAUUUCAAGCUGAAACUUGUGAUCCACCAUUAGCUGUACGACCAAUUGAAUUAGUUCAAUGCAUUGUUUAUGAAACACCGCCUAUACUACCAGCGAAUCGUGGUUAUUCAUCAGACUUCGCUGCAUUCAUUCAGCAAUGUCUCUCGAAAAAUUCUGCUGAACGGCCAUUACCAGCAAAUUUCUUUGAAAAUCCAUUUUUGAUGAAAUUCUAUAAUCAUGAUCCGAAUCAAAAUCGAGCAAUCAUCGCCAACUUUUUCAAUUGUACAGCUGUCGCUCCUACUGCAACAGCGUAG